CCACCCGCCGCACGUACUAAGCAAGGCUCACAGCCCGCUGCGCUCGCCUCGCCGCCCCGCGUCUAGCUAGCCCAGCGUCCGCCGCGCCUUGGCCAAGGCUUCAACAGACCACACCAAAAUGCCAUCUCAAAUGGAACAUGCCAUGGUAACCAUGAUGUUUACAUUUCACAAAUUUGCUGGGGAUAAAGGCUACUUAACAAAGGAGGACCUGAGAGUACUCAUGGAAAAGGAGUUCCCCGGAUUUUUGGAAAAUCAAAAAGACCCUCUGGCCGUGGACAAAAUAAUGAAGGACCUGGACCAGUGCAGAGAUGGCAAAGUGGGCUUCCAGAGCUUCUUUUCCCUGAUUGCAGGCCUCACCAUUGCAUGCAAUGACUAUUUUGUAGUACACAUGAAGCAGAAGGGAAAGAAGUAGGCAGAAAUGAGCAAUUCCCCCGGCCCUGAUAAGAGUUGUCCCAAAGGGUCACUUAAGGAAUCUGCCCCACAGCUUCCCCCAUAUAAGGAUUUCAUGAGCAGAUCAGGACCCUUA